AUGUCGCCACGGAAGAGGCCACUGGUUCCUGUGAGCAGUCGCAGGAAAGCAGCGGACGACGUCUUCCCGUUCCACUUCCUGCCGGUGGAGUGUCAGCUGCACGUGCUGUCCUUCCUGAACGAGGUGGACAAGUGCAGCUGCGCGCUAGUGAGUCUGAGCUGGAGUCGUCUCGUCCGCUCCUGGAAGCUGUGGCGAGUGGCCGACUAUUCCCGCCGCGGCGUCUUCCACCUGGGUCAGGAGGGGCUGCUGGUUUCCAACCGUGAGUUUGAGCGCUGGAAAGCCUGGGUCCACCAUUACACCCACCACCUCAUCUCCCGCCGGGCCAGUCUGCUCACGCUCAAGGCCAGCUUCGACCUUGGGGACCGCUGCAACCAGUGGGGGGAGCUGCUGAGCCACCUGCUGGACAAUGUCCACUGCAGAGACCUCAGCCACCUGGACCUGAACUGGACCUUCACACUCCUGGAGCCUCUGGACCUCCGGGUCCACCCUAGUUCCAGCUCACACCAGGACAGCAUCACCAAGAUGGAUCAGGUCAUCAGUUUCCAGAACCUGCUGACCAAACUCACCCAGAGCUGCCCUCGAGUCUCCAGGAUGCGUCUCCACUUCGACUGGUCGGACACGUCGGUGUCGCUGCUCGCUCAGUUCCAGCAGCUGCGAGUUCUUGAGCUCAAAUACUUCUGGGUCUUCAAAGGCGUGACGCCGUCCACGCUACACACGCUUACCAAAGCCCUGCCCAACCUCAGGUCCCUGACACUGCAUGUCCUGGUACCACUGAGGAACCUGGGGAUCUCCUACACUCUGGAGUCUCAGUCUCUGGAAUUCCUGGACGUGUCUCCCAGUCGAGGUCUAGUCUUCAGCCGCCUGAAGCUUCCGGCUCUGCGUGAGCUCCGAGCCAAGAAGAUCGUCCGCGGCAUCACGCUGGACCGGAAGACCCGGCUGAGGAUCCAGCACCGGUGGCCGUGUCUCUACAAUGUCCUGCGAGAGGGAACACCAAAGCUGCAGGCCCUCAACAACGAGAGGCUCCUCCCCACGUGGAGGGAACGUGGUUACCGCGAGCUGUCGGCCAUCUUAGAACAGUCCUGUUACUGCGUCCAGCACCUGGACAGCUGGCUGUGGUGAUCAGCUGACUCUGCUGUGAGCGCCCCCUGCUGUUAUGUUUCCAUCAUGGUGCAGGUCAGGCUUGUGUUUGGACUGAGAACAGUGGUGGGCGGAGUGUGGGCGGAGUGUGGGGGUGAUGGAUGACGCCCAACAAGACAGAGUCAGUCUUUGAGGACAGACCGGGGACGUGAAAGAAACACCAGUCACAGGGAAGUGACACGCAGUGUUUAGCUCCGCCCUGACUGUACCGUUACUGUGGUAACUCGAGGGAAGGAGACUGAAAAUGGAAACCCAACAAAACCGAAACGUUUGUUCUCUGCUGCAUUCCAGUUGUAGUUGGAAUGAUUCCACGAUGGCCACUCCCAGUUCAAUAGAACACAGAAUAAAGUUUUUAGAUUUUAAUUAAAGCUG